AUGUCUUCGCCUUGGAAGAAACAGCCAGAGGAUGUCGUCGACAGUGUGCUCAAGCGUGCAGAAGUAAGCAAGAUCGCACGCCGUCUGCAGAACCGCCUUGCCCUCGCAAAGUUCAAAACAAAGCAUGGCUGGGAAGACCUCACACUCGACUCCAUCGAGCCCAAAGUCGAAGAAGAGCUGCGAAGAAAGCGCCUGGCCGAGCCUACAGAUGUCCUCUCCGACUCAUCAUCAAGCGCAUCCGAUCUCCCAUAUCCAUCAAGGGCUCUCAUGAGCUCCCCGAUGAAGGCUCCCCUAUUUUCAGAUGCGAUAGGCUCCAGCAACGGCAGCACCGGCCAUCGCAAGCGCACAUACCUCGCCACCUUUCACGAUGUCUCAUCGAGCCCUAGCAAACGAUUCCGACUCUCUCCUACAGCACACAAAUCCUUCGGCAGCAGCAGUGUAUGGAAGAACUCGCAUCACAUUGCACGGCCGUCUCCUCUCAAGCCGCGGCGGCAACAACACUUCACUACCUCGGGCGGACCCGAUGUCUCCUUUUAUCAGCAGGGUCUCAUGGGCCGUGACCUGACAUCACCUAAUUUUGCAGCCCCUUCAGACGAUGAUGACGAUCUUCUGCCUAUUCACUCCUUCAACCCUACCAACAUUCGAUCAUCUCCUCCUCGCACACCGCCCAUGCGGACCCGAUCUGUCAACAAGCGAAGCAAAGGCGAACCCGGCCCAGGGCCUAACGGCAAGACCGGCGAGGAGGGCGCAGACCUCCUCCUUUACCUCGCAGCUUCACCAUCGCCGGCUGUCAGAACCUCAACAAGGACACGAAUGGAGCCUCCUUCGACCCCUCCCCAGAAGAACAACAAGAUGGAUUUGCCUUCUUCCAUGAUGAUGACACCUGGUGGGGGUAACAUGUUCCCAACCACCCCAAGCCAAGCUUUCGACUUUGCCGAAUUUGUCAACAUCACACCCAGUCCAGCCCAAAAGCCGUUCAAAACGCCAGUCUCACUCACGGCAACUAGGACGCCCGUGAGCGGAGCACAACGGCGACUCACGUUCGACUAGUGGUUGUCGUCGAGCCCCGAUUUGAUGGCCUGAGGGAUACUGAAUUGGUGAUGAACCAGGAUCCCAGUUCUCUGUGUACAUGAUACCAUGACAGCACUUAUUGCAGCACCUGCGCACGUGUCUUUCUCACUUUCUUUUUCAUUGUUUGGAUCAUGCUUCGGCCUUUCGGAGCGUACAGAAACGCUCACUGUACAUGUCUGUUUUAACAUACUAUUUUUUGCGACGGCGUUUUAGACUAAGCGGCUAGUUAUGGCAUCAAGGGUCUUUUUUAUUUUCCCCCCUCGAGGAGGCCGCAGGAGGCCGUGUCCCGUAUGGAGACCUGGAGGAUGGUAUACUAUUUGGUGGUUGAGUUAUCUCAUCUCGGUUGAGGUGAAGCUUUGAUAAAAUGAAGAUUACAUUCUGGGCUGGUUCAGGAGAAAAGGGGUAAUUUACCUAGGGUAUCUAGAUGGACUGAUGGACGGCUUAUGGACAAUGUGAUUACUACUACUUUAUUAUCAACUUGACUAAAUCAUUAUUCAG